AUGCGCGCCAACACCUUUUCCCUUUUCGCGGCCUUGGCCUUUGGAGGAUUCGAGCUGGCCACCGCCGAGUUUGACCGGCCCCGCUACCUCCCUCGUGAGGUGAAGCGAGUUGUCAAGAAUGGUACAUUGUCGACUAGGAGCGAUAACCCGUUGAGUGCGAUUUGGCAGAGUAUCGAGGAUAGCUUGACUGGUCAGCCCAGCAUCACUCCCACCCCGACACCGACCGCGUCCGAUGUACCAAAGCAGGUUAUUGUCGUGAUCUCCUCAGACGCCGAGGGUCAUGUUUACACCCUCACUACCUCUACGGAAUACCUCUCGGCCUCCAAGCCCCCGGCGACCACCAGCACGAGUACCAGUGCCACGACCACGACCACCAGCGAUUCCCUUCUUGGCGAUGUCUCCAACCUCCUUGGCCUCGGAUCGAGCAGCUCUACCUCCUCCACCACCACCACCAAUGCCAGCAGUACGACUUCCAAGACGGCCACUUCCGGUGCGGCUACCACCACCAGCAGCAAAGAUUCCCUUCUCGGUGCUGUUGGCUCUGAUGUUUCGAACCUUCUCGGAAUUACCACUACCAACUCCAGCACCACCGCGACCGCUACUGAUUCCUCGACUGCCACUUCCACUACCUCCUCCCAGGGUAGCCUUCUUGAGAGUCUCGGCAUUGUCAUUCCCUCGGGUGAGACUACCACCUCCGCUACUGGAUCUUCCACCAUCCCGGUCAGCGUCCCUGUCGUGUCUUCCACAGGUAUCCCGACUACUACCAGCAGCGGUGGUCUGCUUGGUUCAGUUGUGAGUGAUAUUGGUGGGUUGUUUCCCAAUGCCAGCUCUACUAGCCCUGGUAUCGGUAUAAUCCCUACCCCUGCAACUACCACCGCAAUGGGCCCAGGCUCCAGCGGUAUCCCCCACCCGUCGAUCCCUCUGACUAGCUCUGGCACAAGCGGAACUGUUACCGCAACCUCGGUGGGCAUCAUUCCCAGUCCUCACUUGCCCGGUUCUACGGUUAUUUCUACUCCUCCUGCUAGCCAAGAGACCUCCAAGGCUCCUCCCUCCACCUCCGAGACCAGCUCGACGUCCACUACCAAGACCACCGAGGAGCCCAGCACGACCAACAGCAACAACUGGAUUCCUUCUUCCAUUCUCGUGCUGCCGUCCUCGACUUCGUCCGAGACCACUAGCACUGGUACCAACAGCAACAGCCUCACCGAGCCUACCACGCUCCCGGGUUCCAUCACUCCCUCUAACGGUGUCUCCGAGGCCCCCUCCGACUCGGUGCUCCUUCAAAUCGGUUUCGAUGGCCACCUCCCCUGGGCUUUCGUCGCUACUACUCCUCUGUCUUCUUCGCAGAUCUUCGAGUACGUUCCUUUGGCCCUGAAGAACGCCUUGCCCUUGGUUGCCUCUACCAUGUGGGCUCUCGAGCCUUACUACUCGUGGCAGACCACUGGCUACAACGCCACCUUGGCUAUCUUCUACUUCCCUCGCGACAAGGUCCAGUCCCUGAAGGACCUGAAGCUCAACCCCAACUCGGCUCUUUACCAAUCGUCCGAUGAGUCUGUCAAGACUCUGAUGGCCAUGGUCGACCCCUCCAUUCCUCUGGAGUUCGCCGGCAACUACCCAACCUUGGAUGGUUCUUCGUCCCCGAGCUCUGGUGCCGGUGGUAGCAGCAACGGUGGUAGCAGCAACGGCAGCGGCAGCCCUGACGGCUCCAACAACUCCUCCAAGGCCAACGCCAGCUCUGUCGGCAUUGGUGUUGGUGUCGUUGCUGGUGCCGCUGCCUACGGUGCUGGUAUGUUCUGGGUUGCCCGCCGUUACCGCAAGAGAAAGCAGCUGCACCGCCGCUCCAGCUCUACUGCCGAGCAGAUGAGCCAGGCCUCCGGCGCUGGCUCUCUCUUUGCUGCCGGUGCCCGUAUGUCUGGCAGCCAGCGCACUGGCCGGUCUGGACAGAUGAUCAGCGCUCCGGUCAUGGCUGAGAACUCCCUGGGCUGGAACUAG